AUGAAGCGCAUUGCGGAUCGGCAGAUUCAGCGUGAAGACGGCGAUGACCCGCACUCCGUUGGCCCCGACACGAGUGGAUCUGAUAAUGUGGCUCCAGUAAAUGCACAAGAGCGUGAGCCGCGCGUCAUCCGUGGUUUGCCGAAACGCAAGGGCCUGAAGGCAGCUGCCAGCACACCACCGUCUAACCCUUUCGCCAUGCUCGCAAGCGGAUCAUCGCCAUCGAUCUCGCCCGCGAGAUCAGGUCCAAAUGCGGGUACUGGUCAAGGUGUAUCCCCUAGCCUGUCGAUGCCGUCUAUGCCCGCUACAGCGCGAGCGGAACCGCCCAAAGCACCUUCGCUGUUUGCGUCCGUCGAGCUCAAACUACCCUCCUCAUCGCAGUCAACUUCGCCCCUCAAUCCGCCGUCCUUCGGGCAAAGCAAUUCGUCUUCAAAGCCAGCCUCGUCUACAAGCUCGUCUAUAUCGGCGACGGCAUCUUCACAUGCACGUGUGCCUGUCGAGUAUUGGACAAACGUGCGUGGUCUCAACUGGUCGCUUGUCAAGGAGCUUGUGAAUGUACUAAACAGGUCCGAUGAGCUCGCCAAUUUGCAGGAUGUCCUGGUCCAAUUCACUCAGACGUAUGUCAAGUUCCAUGCCGAGCUUGAUGAAAAGUGGCUUCCCCACACAAAGCAACAAGGCGCCGACACCACGACGACUUCUCCAGCAGCUCCAUCAUCCUUCCCAACACAGACACCUGCGCAGCAACCAUCAAUGAAAACGGCUCCUUUUUCACUUCCUGCCUCGACUUCGAGUUUUUCCUUUAAUCCUCCUAGCCACGCAGCGAAACCUCCUCAACCCAGCAUCUCCACAACAUCUUCUGUUCAAAAUGACAAGCCGAAGUUUGCGGGUCUCGGCUCUGGGACCUCGUCUGUGUUAAGUACAUCUUCUAUCACUGCGCCUACGUUCUCUUUCAAGCCAGCUGGAUCAAACGUCGCCGGAUCAUCGCAAGCUUCCACGCCUUCUUCUAGUUUUUCUUUUAUUUCCCAAUCUGAUCCGAAGAUCGAGCAGCCAGCAGCAUCGCAAAAGAAUGAUGCGCAAUCGUUUACCUUGGGCUCGGCACCUCCUGUCUUUUCGUCUUACGAGAGUGCGCCCAAGACCACUGCGACAGCUACAGAGACAGCAACUUCAUCAGCAUCGGCGCCCUUGCCGAAGUCAGCACCUACCGCGUCGCUGCCAGACUCCCAUGCUCCCGCGUCGUUGGCACCCUCACUAAAUACUUCGACACGCACACUUCCAUCUGGUGCAUUUGGAUCUGCAUCGUCACUCAUCUCGUUUGCUUCCGUGGACAAACCAGCGCCAGGAAUGGGCCCGGUUGACAAGUCUGCCGGUGGAUCGCAAGUGUCUCUCAAGUCCACUCAAGACAGCAAGGCGGAUUCCAGCUUGACGAGCCAUCCAUCAUUCGGCACAAGCUUCUCGCCUUCUUUCAAAACAAAGCCGUCUACCAGCUCCGGCUUCGGUACCCAGGCAAAUUCAAGCUUUGGUGAUAAAGACAACUCUGCUGUUAACACUGCAUGCCGCACCGGCGAAGGCAAAGACCAAGUUUCGGGUAAAGGAUCAACGGCUUUUGGAUCCAGUUUCUCAUUUGCCCCAGCUGCGAAGCCUUCGGCUAGUUCUCCUUAUCCAACGAGCCAACCUACGAAUGGUGCUGCGGUAGAGGUUCAUCAGUCCAAUAAAGAGAACGGAGAUCAUGACACUGGUGUCGAUGCUACUGUUUCUUCAACCUCUGCCGGCGCAAGUACGUUCCCUCCAAAACCAGCAACAUCAGCAUUCAACUCUGGCUUUUCUUUCGCUUCAGUCCCGAAAGCGAACGGCUCGGCAUUCACCGCAAUGCCCAAGCCAGCAGCUGACGUGCCUAUCGUGUCUGCCUUCUCGGCUUCUUCCAAGUCCAAAGCCAACGAUGCCUCGGGUAGUCUACCAGCUUUCUCAUUUUCGGCAACAUCCCAGCCGGAGAAGAACCCUUCUGCGAGCACUCCAUCUGCCUCAAUUCUAACGACUGAGAAGCCAUCAUCUGAAGCUGAGUCUUACAGGCCGACACAAUCAUCGCUUGGUCAUACGAAUGAGCAGCCAGCAGCAGGUGAUGCACAGGCUCAAACAAAGGACCCGAGUACUUCUAUGCAAGAUAGGUCAGCACGAGAGUUGCAGAGUAAGCCUCAACUCCCGACGCUUCCCAGCACUGGCUUUUCAUUUGCUGGCAAAACCACUCGAUCGUUUUUGGACGGAAAGACAUCAGCAGUGCAACCGAUCUCAGAGACAAAGCCACCGACAUUCCAGGUGCCUGUAGGUGGCUUUUCCUUCGGCAAGCCCUCUACUACUGAAAAGAAGGAGCAGGCACAGCUGGAUAUGAAAGCUGCGUCCGACAUGUCGAAUUCAGACACGGCAGCGAAAGAAAAGAACGGGUCUGAACCAAGUUCCAAGACCAGUGAAAAGAGCGACAAUUUGCCACAGACCCCAUCAAAACCGGCGGUCACGACGUCGAAACCCAUCACAUUCGGCUCAGCAAGCUCGUCGCGAUCACAAGCGUCUCCUUCUGCUCCACACCGCUUUUCGUUCGGCACAAGUCCUUCCAGCACAGAUGCGUCGACGUCGCCAUCCUUCACCAAAGCUGCCAUUGGGCCAUCAUUUGCUAAUACGACAGGCGUGUCAACGGGGGGCUCUUUUCAGUUUGGAAAGACACCUAUCUCGUUUGGCCAAGCUGAUAACAGCAAAGACAUUGCGACACAUUCUUCUGAUACGCAUGAUCAGACUGAGUCACAAACAUCGGCGGAUGAAGGCAAAUGA